GUGCCUGGCUCCAGAGCCCAGCGUGCCGGAUCUCGGGAACUGGAGGUGCCGGAGAAGGACGCCUCCCGCCGGCCCAGCGCCAGCCCGGGCCCGCGGAAGCGCUCCAGCCGCGGGGCGAGCCCCAACCCUGAGACGCGCAAGCCCAAGGAGACGGGGUCACCUACAGCCGACACCAAAAAUGGCUCGCUGGAAGCGCCCACCAUGAAGCCGAAGCGCUUGAGCCAGCGGGAAAUGGAGGGUGAGCGCUCCCUGGAGAUGCAGAAGGCCAGCGUUCAGCUCGAGCUUGCGCAGGCUAUGGAGGAUCACGAUGUGGACACCAUCCGCCGGGUCUUGCCAAGGGCAACCAACUUAGGAGUUGAUCCACAGGAGCUCGCAGUGGCCAAGCGUAUCAUGAGCUUCGAGGUUCAGCAGAGCGUUCUGGAGGAGGUGGAGGGUGUGCGUGGCACAGUGCGACAGCUUGCCGAGUCGGUGGCGAAAGUGCAGGCGGCAGCUCUUUCGCGCGCGAAGAGCCCGGCCUUGGCUUUGCCAAGCGUGGGCAGCGUGGAGCGCCAAGUGUGGUCUAAACUCGAGCCCAAGAUCGAGAGGAUCCUCCAAGGUGCGGUGACCAAAGCUUCUCGUCAACUGCAGAUGGCUUCAGAGGCGGCGCUCAAGGCCCUCGAGGCAUGCACCUUCGAGCACUUCGACACCAACGGUGACGGGGUCAUCACCCGAGAGGAGUUCGAAGAGGGCCGGAAGAGGAUUCUCGGUGCGAAGGAUCAGAAGGAGCCGAUCGCCUCGGUUCAGGCAUCGAAGGCGACGAAGGCGAAGCCAAUGGCACCCGAGGCAUCGAAGCCGACGAAGGAGGCGAAGACAAUGGCACCCGAGGUGGUCCAGGUGGCGAAGAUCGAAGCCAAGCCGAAGGCGAAGGCAGAUGGCCCAAGCGAGGACGACAAGGCGUUGUCCGGCAAAGUGCGGCGCAUGGUCUACGCCACGGCAGCCAGGCGCCAGAAGGCCUUGGACAUGGGCCCCGACCACUACUCGAUCGCUCGAUGCGUGGUGAAGCAUCUCAUCCAGAAGGGCAGCCAAAUGGCCUUGACGGUCUCCAGGUCGGAUGACGCCCACGCCACCGCGUGUGCUGAAAUCGCUGCGAUCCGAGCUUCCAAGCAACGCAUCGAGGAGGCGGAGAAGAGGGCGGAGCACAAGCUCCAUACUGCCUCCAGCAAGGUGCAGGCCCAUGCCCGCGGCAAGCAGGUCCGACAGCAGAAGGCGAAACUGGAGAAAGGCGCUGUGGUCUUGCAGCGGGGCCUGCGGCGCUUGCGCCAGCGCUGGCAGCAGGGCAAGACCCUGGACUUCGCCGCCGCGGUGCGCGCCGUCUCCGGGCGCCGCAAGGACUGGGCGCUGGAAUUCCAGGCCUGUGCCGGGCCGAAGGGCUUGGAUGCCAGCGGCUUCGCCAAGGCCCUGGGCAAGGUUUACAACCAGCUGUCGCGGCUGCAGGUGGGCAAGCUGUGGAAAGGCUUCAUUGAACAGAGCGAGAACUGCAACGGCAUCAUGCACUUGCCGACCUUCUGGGCCAUUUGUGAGGCGGUCGCGCAGGGCGACGCAGCGGCGGCGGAGUUUGCGGAUAUGUCGAUAGAGGAGUAUUUGGAAGGCCAAACUUCCGGCGAGCACUACACUGAGGAGGAGGUCCAUGCAGCCCAGAGGAUCCAAGCGGCGCAGAAGGGGCGGCAGGUGAGGGACCAGGCCAGCCAACAAGCUGCUGAGGAGGAGGCGGCCCGGCGAAUCCAAGCAGCGCACCAGGGCCGCAUGGUGCGGGAGGCCAAGGCUGCGCCAAACAGCUGUGAUGCAGAGCAGGAGGCUGCGGUGCGGAUCCAGGCGGCUCAUCGGGGGCGUCAGGUGCGCCAAAGCCUCGCCAAGCCCAUGCCAGCCCAGGCAGACGCGGAGGUCAAAAGCCCAAACACAAAGCAGAAAGCGGCAGCAUCCCUGCUGAAAGCGGCGAAAGAUGGGAGCCUGGCAAAGUCGCUGGACACCUUCGAGGAUGCUCAGGCCGGCGGCAAGGCUGACGCAAAGCCGGCGCAGGAGAAAGCGGCUACAAAGAUCCAGGCGGUUCAGCGCGGGAAAGUCGCUCGCGCCGCUUGCGCCGCAGAAGAGCGAGCCAGGGACCAAGCGGUGCGGAAGCUCCAGAAGGGCAUGCGAAACUGGCAAGCGCGGAGGCGCACGGACACCCGUGACUGGCUUGGCCUUGCCCACAUCAUGCGCUCCAAGCACGCGGCCUUCGCCACGAUUUUCGAGGAGGCAAUGAAGACGCAGACCAACGGACCAGAACUCCUGCAUCCUGCCUUCGUGAAUGCCAUCAUGCAGGUGUCUCCUGCCGUGUCCGGGAAGCAGGCGGAAGCGCUCUUUGAGGCAGUGUGCGAGGGCACGGGGCAGCCAGGCGUGGGCUUCCGGAUCUUCUGCAACAUGAGCCAGGCUGUUCUGGAGGGAGAUGCAGCAGCAUCCGCCUUCGCGGACAUGCACGUCCAGGACUAUUCGCGACUUCGGGACUGAUUAGAGCCGGCGCCCGCAAGCAAGGCACAUUUACUGAUC